AUGUCGAUGACUGGACUUGGCGGCCACGCCCUUGGUUCAUUCAAACAAAGGAACGGACCAUUUGUCUGGCUUCGAGACGGAUUACCUGUGGAUGAACCAGACCUGAGGAUUCUCUCUUACGGAUACGAUACCACCAUUGUCAAUAGCAGUUCUUUCCAAAAUCUAACAGACUUAGCAAGAUCUUUACAACUUGACCUAAAGGGUAUCCAGGACCCAAGUCAUCCUCGACCUAUAAUCUUCAUAGCACAUAGCCUUGGAGGUCUUCUCGUUAAAGAGACGAUGGUGCAAUUCGCACAAGAUACUGUUUCAUCCGAAAGAUCUGUGCUUGAUUUGAUCUCCGGCUUUAUGUUUUUUGGAGUCCCUCACCAGGGACUCGCUGUAGAGUGUCUAGUCCCCAUGAUUAGGGACUCGCCUAACCGAGCGCUCCUGGAGUCCCUUGGCAAGAACUCCCCUCUUCUUUCUCGUCUACAGCGAGAAUUUAAAAUGGCAAUAGACACAAGAUGCUGUUCGGUAGUCGCAUUCUAUGAGACUGAGAGGUCCUUUACUGCUCAAGAGCAGAUUGUCGAGUCCUACUGGGGUCUGGAGGAACUGAAAUCGGGCAUAACCGUGGCCAUCGUAUCAAGAUCAGAGGACGAGAAGAGCUGCCUACGAUCUCUUGCGUUCCCCGAACAGGAUCACAGAUACAGUCAUCUCCGUUACGACAAAAAUACCUGCGAAUGGCUUGUGGAAGACCCACAGUACCAGGCUUGGCUGAAAGCCCCUCGAGGCCUUUUCUGGAUCAAGGGUUCUCCUGGAACUGGAAAGCAAGAACGCUUCGGAUCAUACGAACGCAAAGACGGGUGGGUCUGGACAGAGUCGGAGCUUGAAGAAUUUCUGUUCAAGGUUCUAAGCCAAGGAACAAAUACACACCCUGUAACGAUACAUGUGGACGCAUUGGAUGAGUGCGGAGAGCACGAUGCGAAGAGGCUGCUCCAGUACUUCAACGAUAUUAUGCGCAUUGUGGACGAAGAACAAGGCCUGUUGAAAAUAUGCUUCUCCUCGAGACAUUAUCCAAUCUUGGGCCUCGAGACCAUGCCGACACUACUUGCCGAGGAGAGGAAUGGUGAAGACAUCAAGUUGGUUGUCCGAAAUCGCCUCAGACGUUUCAACUUGCACGACAAGUGCCAUCAGAUCGAGGAUGGCAUCUUGGAUAAAGCUCAGGGGGGCUUUCAGUGGGCUAUCCUGACGACGGACAUCAUUCGCAAUGAACUUUUGCGCGGCUUGAACAGUGCUCAUAUCCAUCAGGCGGUUACCACCAUCCCUAUGGACCUCCAGCAGAUCUAUAAAUUUAUCCUCAAAGGCGCCGAGGGCGAGGAGAGAGCCCACAUGGUUAAUCUGUUCCAGUGGGUAUUGUUUUCUGAGCGGCCUUUAUCUGCUCACGAACUUCAUACUGUAUCUCAAUUUGAGAUUCGGGUUCGACAUAUCUCACGCGGCUUGGUGGAGUUCCAGACACGAGAAAUUUGGGAGAAGUAUCAAGCUAAUGGCGAAGACUGGGACCGGGAGGCCCAGUUUAUUCACCAGUCUGCUGCAGACUUUGUUCUACGUGAAUUCCUCAUCGAGGUCGACGUCGGUCUAGGCCUUCAGUCUAUUGGUAGGACGGCCCACUUUCAAAUUUCCAGGUCUUGUCUAAGAUACAUUGUCCUACGGGAUAUACUUGAAAGCAGCGAACUAUCACGGAACGAACUCUCAGUCAACUUUCCUUUGUUACCAUACGCCGUCACAUUUCUCCUUCGUCACAUCAAGCUUGUGGAAGAAAGUAACAUAACACAAACCGACCUCUUGGAAAUUACUGAAUGGCAUCAACGAGCCCAUGUAAGGAGGUUCUCAGCUCUCUGGCUGAAAAUGGAUCCUGAUCAUAGUCACGCACCCAUGGGUUGGCCUUUUGCAGGUGCAACAGCUACACAUAUCCUUGUGGGUCUCGGGUCAAGGAGCGCCCUCCGAGAGUAUCUCAACCAUCACACGGUCGACUUUAAUGCUAGAGACUGCUAUGGAAACACUCCUCUCCUACUUGCUCUCAGAGAUAACCAAGAACACCUAGCUUUGUUGCUCAUAGAGCAUUCAAUCUCCCUACAGGCGAGUGAUGGUUCUUUACUUCGAAAAGCUGCUCACACUGAGUAUCUAGAAGAGAGUGUAGACCUCCUGGGUCAUGUAAAUACAACAAACAGUGAUGGGGAGACACCUUUGGGCGUGGCUGUGUCGACGAAAGCCCAUGAAGCAAUCCAAUCUCUGCUUAAAGCUGGUGCAGACCCGAAGGCGGAGAAGGGACUCCUAUUUUAUGCUAUUGGCAACCUUGACAUGCUUCUUUUGAGCGAUCUGAUCGCCAGGAAAGUUUGUCUCGAUGGUGCCGUCUUCUUUGCUGUCCAGACUUUGGUCGCAUCAGGCCAGAAUGAUCAUGAGACACCUGUUUAUGAGAUCAUAUCGGCCUUGUUGAAAGCAGGAGCCAACACACACAAGAUUCCCGGUGUAGUGAAGGACUUUAAUAUUGACUAUCCUGAGUACGAGGAGGAUGAAUAUGAAGACGUCGAGGCGAUCAUUGUGGCCACAAAGCAAGGACUAGGGUCUGUGGUAAAGCUUCUGAUCUCACACGGCGUUUCCCCCGAUGUUGAAGAUUCAGAAGGAGAUUAUCCAUUACUCAUAGCCGCGAGGAACGGUCGAUCUGAUAUUGUAGAGGCUCUGAGACAUACCGAUAUCGACGAGAUCAUGUAUCCUUAUAUCAGGCAUGAUACAGCCAUCAUUCUUCUCAGAAGCCUCUAUGGAGACGGUAUACCGUCAAACAUCCUCAUACAGUGCGUCAGAGUUAAUGAGUUCGAGUUGGCGCAGUUUAUUCUACAGUCAGACAAUGGAAUCUGGAGCACCACUGACGAUUGGCCUGAAGCAGCCUUGUGGUUAGCUUUAGAGAACAUAUAUCUAAAAGCAACUCUAUCAUAUACUACCUCUUUUUCUCUACAUCAGCAAAGAAAGGAAAUAGAUUUAAAGAGGUACAAAAUGGUAGAGCUGCUCCUUAGGAUGUGUGACAUCGAUUUAUCCAUCAAGAACGAUACUGGCGAAACCCCACUCUGGUGGUGUGUCACACGGAGUAAGAGAGACAUCGCAAGCUUGAUUCUUAACACAGGAAAGGUUGAUAUUCACAAGUACACCGACGAUGAUAAUGAAUCACCUUUCUGGUGGACUAUUCGACACGGGGAUAAUAAUCUAGUUGAGCUUCUCCUUGGUUUAGAUCAAGGUCAUAUCCAUUCGAGGUGGAAGGGACGAACGGCGUUCUGGUGGCUAACUAAAGGACGACCUUAUGAACGUGGACGGAUUGCUAUUGCUAAAGCUGCACUUUGUGGGAAACUUUUCAAUUGUAAAACACUUAAACAGGAUUAG